AUGAGAGAUAGGCCCGUCAUCAUCAUCGAAAAUUACAUCACAUGUUGCAGCGAUGCUGAUGAGAAGAAAGUGGGUGGCUGCGCGAUAGCUGUGAAGAACGAUUACAACAAACUGAUGGAGGAAUUUGGCUCAACGUCGUCUACAUGUGCCUACGUACAACUGCGGGAUCGCAGAGCACAUAAACUCUGGAUCGUAGGUGCCCACGCACCUAUAGAAACAGCUGAAGACAACAGUAAGAACGCCAUCUAUGAUGAAAUUGAUGCAAUGAUGUCUAAAAUACCCAGCCAGCAGGUGGUCAUUGUCGGAAUCGUCGCAAAUGCGAGGAUGGGACCCGAAUAA